AUGGCGAUUUCAUUUAGUUCCCUGCUAGUUAUGUCUGCAGUGCUGGCUACUUGUUUCUUCGUCCGCAGGCAUCGCAUAAGAAGAGAAAGGCCUCGAGCUUCUUCUCAUGUUCAUGAGUUUCAUGGUAUGAGUAGUCGCCUAGUGAAAGCAAUGCCAAGUUUGAUCUUCACUUCUGCUUUGGAAGAUAACUGUACAUCAAGAACAUGUGCUAUCUGCCUUGAAGACUAUUGCCCCGGAGAGAAACUCAGGAUUCUGCCCUGUUGUCACAAGUUUCAUGCUGUCUGUGUGGAUUCUUGGCUUACUUCAUGGAGAACGUUUUACCCAGUUUGCAAAUGA